GAGUUAACUUCCCCACCCACACUCCGGAAGUGGCAGCUACAGAGGGGACUAGCAGGGAAUAUGUGACUGUCGGCUGUGUGGCGACCAACUGAGAGAAGACCCAGGCCAAGGUUUUUUUGGUGGAGGGAUAUGAUACAUGCAUGUGUGCAUACUCCUCAUGCCACAUCUCAGAUCGAGGAUGCAAAGUGACUGAAGGCCAGGACGGCACCCUGGGGCUUCAGGAGGAGGGAAGGCACUUCUUCCCUAGUAGCGCAGCACCCCCGGCAGAGAGGGGCCUUGUGUAUCCUUUGAUAGAAAUAAUCUGCCAAGGAAUAGAAGUCUCCAAGAUGAGAUUCUGUGUGGCUCCAAGAGACCAGUCCUGAUUAUCAGAGGGAAAACACCUAUCUGAGAGAAGACUUUAAGACCUGUGCAGGCCAGUGGCAGCCAACUCAUCACACAGAGGCUCAGGUGAAGGGUAUUUCCAUCACUGUGGAAAAUUCUGGCUGCUUCAUCUCUGCUUCCAGAUUCACUGUUGAAGCUUUUUAAUAAAAGCCAUGGCCUCAGCCACACCUGCAAAAAAGAUGAAAGAGGAAGCCACCUGCUCCAUCUGCCUAAACUUGAUGGUUGACCCAGUGAGCAUCAGCUGUGGACACAGCUACUGCCGGUUAUGCAUAGAGGGCUUCCUUGAGAACGUAAGCCACACGCAACCACAGCAAGAGUUCUUAUGUCCCCAGUGCCGGGCCCCCUUUCAAAUGGCAAGCCUCAGGCCCAACAAGCAGCUAGGAAACCUCAUUGAGGCCAUCAAGGAGAUAAACUGUGAAAUGGUAUGUGAAGAACACGGAGAGCAGCUCCACCUGUUCUGCGAAGACGACGGCCAGCUCAUCUGCUGGCGCUGUGAGCGGGCACCGCAGCACAAAGGGCACACCACAGCUCUUGUUGAAGAUGUAAGCCAGGGGUACAAGGAAAAGCUUCAGAAAGUUGUGACAAACUUGAGGCAACUCAACAAUGAAUGUAUGAAUCUGAAGGCAUUGACGACAAAGCAAAUAAGCGAAUGGAAGGAAAAGGUAGAGGUUCAGAGAAAAAAAUUACAGUCUGACUUUCAGAAUCUCCAAAUUUUCUUGCAUGAAGAGGAGAAAUGUUGUCUCUGGAGGCUGGAGAGAGAAGAAGAACAGACUCUAAGGAGACUGAAGGACAGUGAGGAAAAUCUGGAGCUGAAGAGCUGUGAACUUAUGAGCUACCUCCUGGAUCUGGAGGAUAAAUGUCAGGGCUCACCCCAGGAAUUGUUACUGGAUGUGAAGGACACUUUGAACAGGAGUUGGGCUGUGAAGCUAGAAACACCAGAAGCCCUCUCUUUGGAGCUUAACACUGUGUACAGCGUUCCUGAACUUUACUUUGAUGUGAAGAAAAUGCUAAGAAGCUAUCAAGUCGGUGUGACUCUGGAUCCAGAUACAGCUCAUCGUGAACUAAUUCUGUCUGAGGAUCGGAGACAAGUGACUCGUGGAUACCCCCAGGACAAUCUUGACACUUCUUCCAGGAGAUUUAGUGCCUUCCCAUGUGUCCUGGGCUGUGAGGGCUUCACCUCAGGAAGACACUACUUUGAAGUAGAUGUGGGAGAAGGAACUGGGUGGGAUUUAGGAGUCUGUAUAGAAAAUGUGCAGAGAGACAAGAGCAUGAAGCAGAAGCCUGAGUUUGGAUUCUGGACCAUCAGGCUGUGCAAAAAGAAAGGCUAUAUAGCACUUACCUCUCUCCCAGUUUACCUUCAUCUGAAGGAGCAGCCCCUGGUUGUAGGGGUUUUACUGGACUGUGAAGCUGGAGUUGUAUCCUUUUAUAACAUGACCACUGGCUCCCACAUAUUCACCUUCCCAAAGGCCUCCUUCUCUGACACUCUCCGGCCCUAUUUCCAAGUUUAUCAAUACUCUCCUUUGUUCCUACCUCCCCCAGAUGAGGAAGGAAAGAAGUAAAGUAAGUCUCCUUCUUGAUUUAACCAGCACAGAGAACAUAAUGUAAAUCCUGUGAGGGCAGAGAUUUGGUCUGUUUUCUUCCUUGCUUUUCCCCCCAGUGCACUUAAUAAAUAUGCAUUGAAUGAAUGAA